AUGGACUUACACCGGGCAGCCUUCAAGAUGGAGAACUCAUCCUACCUUCCCAACCCUCUGGCAUCCCCAGCACUGAUGGUCCUGGCAUCCACAGCUGAGGCCAGUCGUGAUGCUUCCAUCCCUUGCCAGCAGCCACGACCCUUUGGUGUACCUGUCUCAGUAGACAAGGACGUGCAUAUUCCAUUCACCAACGGUUCCUACACCUUUGCCUCUAUGUACCAUCGGCAAGGUGGGGUGCCAGGCACUUUUGCCAAUCGUGAUUUCCCCCCUUCUUUACUACACCUCCACCCUCAGUUUGCUCCCCCAAACCUAGAUUGCACCCCAAUCAGUAUGCUGAAUCACAGUGGCGUGGGGGCUUUCCGUCCCUUUGCUUCCACUGAGGACCGGGAGAGCUAUCAGUCAGCUUUUACUCCAGCCAAGCGACUUAAGAACUGCCAUGACACAGAGUCUCCCCACUUGCGCUUCUCAGAUGCGGAUGGCAAGGAAUAUGACUUUGGGACACAGCUGCCAUCUAGCUCCCCCGGUUCACUUAAGGUUGAUGACACUGGGAAGAAGAUUUUUGCCGUCUCUGGCCUCAUUUCUGAUCGGGAAGCCUCAUCUAGCCCAGAGGAUCGGAAUGACAGAUGUAAGAAGAAAGCAGCAGCACUGUUUGACAGCCAGGCCCCUAUUUGCCCCAUCUGCCAGGUCCUGCUGAGGCCCAGCGAGUUGCAGGAGCAUAUGGAGCAGGAACUGGAACAGCUGGCCCAACUGCCCUCGAGCAAGAAUUCCCUUCUGAAGGAUGCCAUGGCUCCAGGCACCCCCAAGUCCCUCCUGUUGUCUGCUUCCAUUAAGAGGGAAGGAGAGUCUCCGACAGCAUCACCACACUCAUCUGCCACUGACGACCUGCACCACUCAGACAGAUACCAGACCUUCCUGCGAGUGCGAGCCAACCGGCAGACCCGACUGAAUGCUCGGAUUGGGAAAAUGAAACGGAGGAAGCAAGAUGAAGGGCAGGUAUGUCCCCUGUGCAACCGCCCCCUGGCAGGAUCGGAGCAGGAGAUGAGUAGGCAUGUGGAGCAUUGCCUUUCUAAGAGGGAAGGCUCCUGCAUGGCUGAAGAUGAUGCCGUGGACAUCGAGCAUGAGAACACCAAUCGCUUUGAGGAGUAUGAGUGGUGUGGGCAGAAGCGGAUACGGGCCACCACUCUCCUGGAAGGUGGCUUUCGAGGCUCUGGUUUCGUCAUGUGCAGCGGCAAAGAGAACCCGGACAGUGAUGCUGACUUGGAUGUGGAUGGGGAUGAUACUCUGGAGUAUGGGAAGCCACAAUACACAGAAGCUGAUGUCAUCCCCUGUACAGGCGAGGAGCCUGGUGAAGCCAAGGAGAGAGAGGCACUCCGAGGCGCAGUCCUAAACGGUGGCCCUCCCAGCACGCGCAUCACUCCUGAAUUCUCUAAAUGGGCGAGUGAUGAGAUGCCAUCCACGAGCAAUGGUGAAAGCAGCAAGCAGGAGGCCAUGCAGAAGACCUGCAAGAAUAGUGACAUCGAGAAAAUCACCGAAGAUUCAGCUGUGACCACGUUUGAGGCCCUGAAGGCUCGGGUCAGGGAGCUUGAACGGCAGCUAUCUCGUGGGGACCGUUACAAAUGCCUCAUCUGCAUGGACUCAUACUCGAUGCCCCUAACGUCCAUCCAGUGUUGGCACGUGCACUGUGAGGAGUGCUGGCUGCGGACCCUGGGUGCCAAGAAGCUCUGCCCUCAGUGCAACACGAUCACAGCGCCUGGAGACCUGCGGAGGAUCUACUUGUGAGCUAGCUACCCAGGCAGGACUUGCCUCAACCAGCCCCACCUGCCCCCAGCCUCUGUGACAGUGACACUCUCCCCUUGUACAUACUUGCACACAGGUUCCCCGUGUACAUACAUGCACAUACUCACACACAUGCACACACGCACAUACACACAGGACUCUGGAGCCAGAGUGGAGGCUGAGGCCCAGGACCUGCCUCCUAGCUCCCACCAGGUUUGGGGACACCUAUUCCAACCUUUGUUCCCAGAGUGGGGCAGGGAGGUGGGGGUGGGAGGAGUAACGGGGCAAGGCUCCUGAGAUCCAGCCCCCUGACAGACAGACAGACAGACAUGCAAACACCAGACUGAAGCACAUGUAAUAUAGACCAUGUAUGUUUACAAUGUUGUGUAUAAAUGGAACAACUCCUUGCCCUCCGCCCCAUCCACUUCCCCUUUGGUUGUAUGAUUUUCUUUUUUUUAAGAACCCCUGGAAGCAAUGCCUCCUUCAGGGCUGACUGGGGGCUCGGCCCGUCCGCCUCUGGGGGUGCCUGCCUCUUCCCUCUCCCAUGGCGUCCCUUCCCUCUCCCAUGUGCUCGGUGUUCAGUGGUGUAUAUUUCUUCUCCCAGACAUGGGGCACAUGCCCCGAGGGACAUGGUCCUCUCCUUAGUCUUAGCUCAUGGGGCUCUUUAUAAAGAGUCGGGGGAGGGGGGACAGGAAAUGGGAACCGAGCUGAAGCAGAGGCUGUGACUGGGGCUGGAGGAGGGUGCUCCUGGCUACUCAGCCUUCUGCUGAGAACCAUUCCUGGGAUCAGAGCUGCUGUUCCAGGGAAGAAGUGUUGUCUCCCCCGCCCCUUUCGUGGGCCCCAUGGUGUGAUGCUGUGUCUGUAUAUUCUAUACAAAGGUACUUGUCCUUUCCGUUUGUAAACUACAUUUGACAUGGAUUAAACCAAUAUAAACA